UUCGAACGAAGAAAGCGUGAAAAAUGUCUGGUCCUGGAUUUUCAUUAUGACUAACCGUCCCAGACGUACCUGCAGCCGUCGUCACCAACUCAAGAUCCCCUUCUGAAUUUGAGCGCUUCAACACGGAUCUCGCAACGCUUUGCAAGGUGUACCCGGUGAGCCCUGUGACGGGCCCGGGCGCUGCCAGGUCGGUAUGGGAGUUGAGCCCGGACCCCGACAUGGUGGGACACAUGCCGAACAGUCCGUUGUCCGUGGAGGCGGCUCAUGCCGGCGGCAAGGGGACCCGAAGAAGAAACAGCCCCAACGACGACGUCUACGCGGAUGACGCCCCCCUCAGUCAGACUUCUGGGGGGACCAGCGAAAAGUCGAAGGAGAUAUUCGACCUGGUACGCGCAGGGGAAGUCGAGGCUAUUGAGACACUCAUAGAAAUCAAUGGAACCUCCAGCAUCCUCAGCGCUAGGGACGAAUGGGGAUACACACCUGCCCAUUGGGCGGCCUUGGACGGAAACCUUGAGGUGAUGCGUUAUCUGGUGGAGCGGAACGGACCCGUCGACCUCUCUUGCUUGGGAACGCAGGGGCCCAGGCCCAUCCACUGGGCCUGCCGCAAAGGGCACAGUGCGAUUGUACAAACCUUGCUGAAGGCCGGGGUGGCUGUGAACGCGGCCGAUUUCAAGGGGUUGACGCCUUUGAUGACGGCAUGUAUGUUUGGAAAAGCGGCAACUGCGGCUUUCCUUUUAGGAUCCGGAGCUCAGUGCCACCUGACCGACAUAAACGGGGACACAGCGUUGCACUGGGCCGCGUACAAAGGCCACCCGGAGCUAAUCAGGCUCUUGAUGUACAGCGGCGUCGAUCUGCAGAAGCCAGACUACUUCGGCUCGACGCCCCUGCACCUCGCCUGUCUAUCCGGCAACGUAAACUGCGCGAGGAUACUUUGCGAGAAGAGCAAAAUCGAGCUUGAGCCGCGCGACAAGAACGGCAAAACGCCGCUUCAGCUUGCUCGAGCUCAUCGACAUGCUGACAUUGUAGCUAUUCUUCAGGCUGAACAGAAACGGAGAUCUCGGUGGAUUCCACCGAUGAACGAACUUUGGGCGUUGCUAUUUGGAGGCGCAGGUAACAGCAAAGGGCCUCUUCUUCUUUUCAUGGGCUCCGUCUUGCUCUGGGGCUAUCCAAUGUAUAUGCUGAAGUGCAUUCCAUUGACAUGGGAUGUUCUCCGAGGUAGCCACUAUUGUUUUAUUUAUUGGAACAUUGUGAUGUGGAUUUCAUGGAUUGUAGCUAACCGGCGGAACCCUGGAUACGUGCCUCGAAACAGCGAGACCUACUAUAGGGCCAUAAAACAGAUUCCUUACUUUGACAAGUGGAAGAAACGGAACGUAAUACUGUCGCGACUUUGCCACAGCUGCAGGUGUUUCAGACCACUCAGAGCGAAACACUGCCGUCUCUGCAAUCGAUGCGUAACGUACUUUGAUCACCAUUGUCCGUUUAUCUACAACUGUGUUGGCCUUAGGAACAGAAUGUGGUUCUUCCUCUUUGUCCUGAGCAUCGCAAUAAAUUGUUCAUUCACGUUAUACUUCGCAUGUUACUGCAUCGCGAUUGAAGGAAUUCAAUUGCUUUAUGUACUGGGUCUUCUUGAGGCCUUUGUUUUCUGCGGACUCGGGUGGAUAUUGACUUGCACUUCCGUUCUUCACGCCUGCAUGAACCUCACAACAAAUGAAAUGUUCAAUUACAAGAGGUACUCAUACCUGAGGGACAAACGUGGGCGUUACUUGAACCCGUUCAGCAGAGGGCCAGUGCUCAACCUCAUGGAAUUUUUCCUCUGUCCUCCUGACCACUAUGCCGAUGACCCUCAGCACUAUCAUAUCUUGAAUGAGGACAUCGGCACGUGAUUUUCUAAAUCUUCAAUUGCAGAAUGCUUUGCCAGAAAAUAAAUACCGCAAAACUCAACUGGUUCCGGUUACCCCUAACUGACUAUCAGUGAUUCGAGGAAACACGGUCACAUCAACAAAAUAUAUUGUAUAAUCAGCAAUGUUUAACAGUAAAAAAUACAAAAUCCUGAUAGUAAUCCUAUUUUUCUUCUUCGUAACCGAUUUUCAAAUUGCUGCGACUAAAAUGUUCUAAUAAAAUUCUCUAUCAUCACUGUGCAAAUUAGAGCUUAGCAAAAUGGUGUUUUUUACUUAAAAAGUACAUCUUAUUCUCAUAAGUAGUGUUUAGAUGAAUUUCUGUAAAGAGAUGUCUUGAUCCAAGCUGCACAAUAUUGUUACACAAAUUAUUUAUUUUUAUUCAAUAAAGAUCAUUGCGUCAUUACA